AUGGCCGAGGUCGUCGGUCUCAUCGCAAGCGUGGCCACGCUCGUCGAGGUUGCUCUCAAGCUUGAGAAGCUGGCCAGCAAGCUACGCGAUGUGCCGGACGAGCUUCUCGCCCUCUCGAACGAGCUUGCCGAGCUGAGAUUCCUCUUCACCGAUAUCGAGAGGGUGAUUCGGAGGGACCCGACCUCUCAGGCCAGAUUCUCGAGAACGCUUGACGAGGCUGACCGCCGAAUCAAAAACCUUGAUUCAUUUCUCCAGAAGGUUGACGCUAUGAAUGCGAGGCUCGUGGACUGGAUAAACUGGCUUCGCUACAGACCCAAAAUAUGCCGCUUGCAGUCUGAGCUCCGGGAUGCAAGACUGCAGAUCACCGCCUUGCUUGGCGUGGAAAACUUAUCGGCACUCCAACGAGUCGAACGUCUGGUGCAGUCUGUCCAAGUCACAGUAUCUACCUCGGCCCAAAUGAUUCAGCACACCCAUGAAACCGUUCUCACCAACACGAGUCUGCUGGCACCUUUGUCCGGACAGGACCAGACCCAAGCCUUGGCAUCGACAGCUUCAGCAUCUCACGGCGCUGUGGCCUUGAAAUGCCAUGUUGAUCCGCCACGGAAAACAGCAUGCAAAUGUACAUGCCACAGAAAACCUCAAAGACUCUCGCUGAGCAACCGGUUCCUGGGUUCUCUCUUCAUUGGAUACAGCAACAUUCCUUUGCUAUCUGCCCGGUGCUCCGAACGAGUUUGCCAGGAUACGUGCAAAAAUUGGUCGACUGAAGCCUCAGUGACGUAUUACUUCCCAGCCUCGGUGAUGAACAAAGUUUUGAAUGUCGCCAUCGCUUCAAGUUCGUUCUCAGGUCCCACUUUCUCUUUGACUCUCUGGAACACCAUACCACGGGAUUCCCUAUGGUUCCAAUAUGCGGGAGGUGGAAACAUUGAGGGGCUCAAAUCACUUCUAGAGUCAGGCUCGGCUCGGCUCACAGAUGUGGAUGAGUUUGGUAAUACAGCACUAAUUAAGGCGUUGGUCAAAGACCAGUUCUGCGUUUGUGAGUGGUUGUUGCAAGCUGGCAUUGAUCCGUUCCAUGCUGACGUAUUCGGCACAUCUUUCAUGGAGAUUCUACUUAUCUUUUAUCUCAAUAAUCCUUCCCACACAAAUACAAGAAACAUACUCUACAUAAUCACUGCAUCUCCGGAGGAAGAAUUGCAACUUCCUGAAAUUCACAAGGCAAUCCUCUCGAAAAGCUCUCAGUCGCUAUCGGAAUGUAUACUGGAGAGAGGUUCAAACAUCAAUGCGACAGACGCACAUGGGAGAACUGCUCUGUGGUGGGCAGCAUCCCUUGACAACAGCGAAGCGGUCAAGACGCUUCUUGAGAACGGUGCGGAUCCCAACAUCAAGGAUACCGUUUUUGGUCUCAAUGCUUUGCUCUCGGCAAUAUUUAUGGAAGGUUUCUCAUUCGACAUACUGCACUUGUUGAUCCGACAUGGCACAGACGUAUCUGCUGUUUCGAAUCAGAAAGAUACAGUCCUUUAUUAUCUUUGUUACAAGUUCGCGAAGUAUCUCUGGAGCGACGAACACCACGACGGCAUGCUACGGAUCGCAAAAGACUGUCUACGUCUGGGCUGCCCCUUGGACUCACAAAACUUCUUGGGCACCACUGCUAUUGCAAAAGCAACUUACGACAGCAACCACCACGCUGUCAAAUUUUUGCUCGACUGCGGCGCCAACUACACAAUCCGCGAAAAUGAUGGGGACAGCAUAUUGCACCUGGCCGCAUACCAACCUGAUGUGGCAACACUGAACGUUUUGGCGGCGCAUGGGCUUCGGGGAAUCGAUAUCAGCCUCAAGAAUCGCCGCGGGGAGACAGCCCUCGACAUCUUCGAAUCAUGGAAAGCGGACCUGACACGAGAGGAGAUCAAAGCAUUCUAUCGCUUGUGGGGCAAACUAUCCAUCAGGGCGAGGGGCGCAAGCCGGGCUGGAUUUGUGGCUGGGCCGGUUGAUGCGCCGGGUGAUGGGGGAGAUUUCGUCAAGCAAGAGCAGCAGGAGGAAGAGUAUGACGAGCGCACGGCUGAAGCUUGUACGGAGGAAGAGGACGAUAGCUCAAACGACUCGGGCAGUGAGGACGAGGACGAGUAUGAGGACCUGUUCGUGGAUGCUCUGGAGGGCUGA